UUUUCCUUCAAAAUCGUUUGAAACGAUCACCUUUCCAUAAUGUCUGAGCCUUACGACCCUUAUUUGCCUCGCAAUGGCUCGUCUUCAAACCCAACCGGAACAAGUCAGGGAGGCGGAAAUGCGAAGACUGCUGCUAUUCAGGCUCAGAUUGACGACACUGUUGGGAUUAUGCGGGAGAACAUCACCAAGGUAGCAGAGCGUGGAGAGCGGCUGGAUUCGUUACAGGACAAGACAGAUAAUCUUGCGGUGUCGGCUCAAGGCUUCCGUCGUGGCGCGAACCGAGUCCGAAAGAACAUGUGGUGGAAGGAUAUGAAGAUGCGAAUUAUUAUCGGGGUCGCCAUUGCGGUGAUUAUUGUUAUCAUCGUGGUCUCCAUCGUCAAAGCGACACAGAAAUGAGCUAUGUUUCACGUUUCGCUUUUUAGUCUGUAUCUAUGCUCCAUAGUCUUACUUUCCCUUCCUCUUUUUCCGCCGUGUCAUCAGUGGAGUAGCUGUGAUUUUGAGGAUUGAAUAUCACGAAGAGAG